CGCGAUUUUCUAAACAUGAGUUUCAUUUCUUUCCCGGGGCACGGAUUUUAUUUCCAAUUCAAUUGCCAGGAGCUUAAAAAAUCGGUUGAUCGACAGAGUUUGUUUGAUAUAUUACAGGUGGAUUUCCAAAUGUGUGUCUACACAUCGCCGGCAAUCGAUCUUCAAUAUUUUCUCAAUACAAGUCCUUCCCCGGAUGUCAUUGAAAACAAGAGAGAUGUUUUAUUAAAUGAAUAUCUUGGCGCACUGUCGGCGACUAUGAAGCAACUGGGCUGCAAGACGCAGCCACCCACCAUGGAAGAACUGAAAGCUACCCUAAAACAAAGAGCCAGUUAUGGAAUGAUAUCAUCCUUCUCAUGUUUACCGAUAGUGCUGUGCUGCAAAACUGAGGUGAAAGAUUUAGAUGAGAUGAUGAAUCCUAAUACCUUUUCAAGUCCGGGUCUAAAGAACGAGAGUUAUAAAAAAUUGAUGAUGAAGAGAAUUCCAAUGUAUGACGAAUGGGGUUUGCUGGAUCUUUAAUGAAUACUUGACUUUUGUUGUAAUAAAUAAUGUAGAAAAAAAAUAAUAAUAGGCAUGACAAAGUACAGCAAAUAUAUUAAAAUGGAAAACAAUAGAAUAAUAGAAAUAUUGGCGCGCUUUAAAAAAAUAGUCAUCAUGGAAUUGAUAUGAUAAUGACAGAUCUUUUAGUUUAAAGAUA